UUUCCUAAACCAACCGGUACUUGGUUCCGCGUUUCGUUCGAUAAAAUUACAGUACAUGGCCACGGGAGGACACAGGAUGAAGGUGCUAUCGCUCUACAAACAGCUGCUGCGUGAGUCACAGAAGUUUGAUUCGUACAAUUAUCGUAUGUACGCUUUCCGCCGGAUCCGUGAUGCAUUUCGGGAGAACAAAGCACUGGCCGAUGGUGCCAAGAUCGAGAACGAGCUAUCGUACGGACGCAAGAACUUAGAAAUCAUCAAGCGACAGACCGUCAUCGGACACAUGUUCCAAGCCCCCGACAAACUGGUAAUAGAGAAGUGAACGCAAUGACCAAUUUUGUCACGCUUCUUACGGGCCACUAGUCUAUGGCGAAAGCGUUGUUUCUGUUGCCUGCGCGUAUCUGCCCAUUUAGAGAAAACUACGUCAACAGGUGUACCAGGACUCCCAUGCACCCCGUGGGGCUGCUAGUUUAUCGCCAUGCUCGCCAGAUUGUGUUUCAACGUUUCUGCAGUAACUGUAGCCUGAUUGUGCAUUACAUGUUUUUUUUCGCCUAAACUUAUCCAACUACUAGGUUGACAAAUUCCUCGUUAAUACAGCUGUAGGAUGGCACCGGUUCGAGCAUCGGGAAACACACACCGAACGGAAUCAAAAGCGCCACAAUUUUAAAGAUGUAUUGUAAAUACAUGUUAUGCGACGUAUACCAAUCCUUAAAUAUAUAA